AUGACCGCGUUGGAGGAGUGCCACGCCAAAGGCUUCCUGUGGAAGGCGAUGGGGAUGUGCAGCAACACGAAACGCGAGGUCAACAAAUGCCUACGAGCAGAGCGACUCGAACGUACAGCUGAGAAUCGUGAGCAAGCGAGGAAGAAGCGGGAUCAUAUGAAGAAGAUCUGGGGCGAGAUUGAUGCCAAUUCGUGA